GCUGGAAGUGGUGAGAUACCUAUAUUUAGUCUCUUUCAGCUGAUAAGAAAAAAUAUAAAUGAGAGAGGUGGCGUAGUAUAUGUGGCAAGAGAGAGAGAGAGAGAUUAAUUAAAAGUAUUUAGUUGAAAGAAGAGAGAGAACAGAGCAGAGGAGACGGGCGAGGAGGAGAGGGGGAGGAGGAGAGGAAGGGAGGGAGGCUGGAGGAGCGAGGGGCUCCAAGAAAGCGAACAUGUCCCCCUUCAAAAGUAAAAGCAAGAAGAGCGUAGCAUCUCUGAGAACUUGCAAUAUCUGUGGAACUGAGAGAUGCCUCUUAAUAAUGUAAAGUCUUAUGACACACAACACUUUAGCAACAAAGAUUCAGAGAAUACUUCGGUCCGUUCAGCAUCAAAUUGUGUUGAUAAUUGCCCGUCCUGGUUGAAUUCAAGUGGUUCACACUUUCCACAAUCAUCUUAUUUCACAAACUUGUAUAUGAACAUGGACUUCCUUGCACAACAUGGUAAUCAGAUAAAGCAACUGGGUGGUCAAAUGCCUGACCAGGACUCAUCAUCAACUCAAUCAACUGGUCAAUCUCAUCAAGAAGUGUCUGGAACAAGUGAAGACAACCUUCAUGAGCAGCGUGUUUCAGCACAAGCUGAUUCUUAUCUUCUCUUUAGAUUUGGCAAAUUAUGGUGGUGUGAAAGCCUUAGUGAUGGUAAUGCUAAUACAUGUGGAAAGCGGGUUGAGGGUCACAUGAAGUCAGUUUUAACUCAGGGGACUCCAGAAGCUGCCUUUGUAACUCCAAGACUUGAUUAUAGCCAGUCUUUUGCUUGCGUCCCUUACCCUUAUGCUGAUCCAAGCUUUGUUGGCAUGCUGGCUGCUUAUGGGCCACACGCAAUUAUUCAUCCCCAAAUGAUGGGAAUUGCACCUUCUUCUCGUGUUCCACUGCCUCUUGAGCCUGCAGCAGAGGAACCUAUUUAUGUCAAUGCAAAACAAUACCGUGCAAUACUACGGAGGAGGCAGCUGCGUGCAAAGAUGGAGGCUCAAAAUAAACUUGUCAAAGGUCGAAAGCCAUACCUUCAUGAGUCUCGGCAUCGUCAUGCAAUGAAAAGAGCCAGAGGAUCUGGUGGGCGCUUCCUAAAUACAAAGCAACUCCAGCAGCAGCUCCAACCUUCUGUUAGCACAGGUCUUGGAAAUGUCUCAAGCUCUAAUCUCCACUCUGAAAAUGGUCCCGUUGGCUCGUCUGCCACUCCUGCGGGCUCCGAUGUCACAAGUGUUUCCACCAGUGGAGGCAUGUUGUUAGGACAGCAGGAUCACCUCGGCUUCUUGUCUGCCGCUUUCCAGUCCCAUGUCAGAGGGAGUACUAAAGGUGGAGAUGGAAUGAUAGGCAACGGGUCCCAACCUCGGAUCACCAUCAUGCGGUAAAACAUAGGAAUUGGCCCAAUGGUGUUUCCCUGGCAAUUCAUCCUUGGCUUAUGAUAUUUCAUCAGAAAUGCUUCAUUGUCCAAUGGUAGCAAAACUCAGAAGGACUUGAAAACUGAACCUUCACAUUGUAAUAUAAGUGCUUGACAUCUUGUUUUGGUUAUGUUUACGGAUAUGUAGAUGCUAUGAGUGCCUCAGAUUUUAUCCUUAAAUGUUUAGAACAUGUAGAAUUGUAUCCUCUAAAUAUUAGAUUUGCUCUCAGGGACUGACUUGGAGGGUGAGAAUUUCCAGAUAAAGACCUGUUGGUUGAUGA